UGUGCGCGUUCCAUAUAAUAUAAUACCCUGCGUUUGCAAAGAUAAGAAGAAUAUUGAAGCAAAGUAAAAGAAGCUAGCUAGCUAGCUACAUCACAGAAGCCAGAGAUCAAAGCAAGAUCAGGAGAAGGAAUUCCCAUUCGAGAGGACAACUAUCUCUACACAACUACAAGAUCAAAAGGCCCAAGUACUACUAUUGUCUUUAAGGGAAUUAGAAACAUGAGGAGUAGUGGCAAUAUUGUGAAGAAACUGUUGUGCUGCGGAGCAAAGAGCCUUGCAUCAGACUCGGACGCAGAUGCUGUUCCAGAGGGUCACGUUCGGGUGAAUGUGGGUAAAGACAUUGUGUGCAGGUUUGAUUUGGAAGCCAAUUAUCUCAACCACCCUCUAUUUGAGAACCUGCUUCGGCUCUCCGAGGAAGAGUUCGGGUAUUCCUAUGAUGGAGCCCUGAGGAUAGCCUGUGAGAUCGAUGUGUUUCAAUACCUUGUGCAUCUGCUCAAGACCAGUAAUCCCUCCGCUCAUUACAUGGAACUUCCGGAUCUCAUUUCCAAGUUCUACAGCGCCAAUGCCAAGCAUUUACCUUCUCAAUAACGUACACAUUCUACGUACGACUGAACAUUCGAUCUGUCCCUCCUAAUUUUCUUUCCCUUUUUUUAUUGUUGUCAUUUUUCUUUUGUUGUUUUUCAUUUUUUGGAGUUUCUUUAGGCAUACAGAAAGGCAGUAUUCGUCGUUGAAUGUCCAUUAAGUUUGGAAUGUUCUUAUGGCAUCUGAUGUAAUACAUGAAUUGAAAGCUUAUAA